ACAACACGCGCAGCCAUGGUUGAAGUCAAGUUCUCGAUAGCAGUCAUAGUAUUUCAAACUGCACUGAUUGUUCUUUUCGGUGUGCUGGUCGACUAUGGGGAUUACGCUCUACCACCACACAAGCGAAAUGGUGCCAAUGGCAGCUACUCCAAAACUUUGGUGGAUGAAUCUAAGAAUGAUAUCUCGGUAUUUUACUCGUUGUUUCAAGAUGUCCAUGUGAUGAUCUACAUUGGCUUUGGUUUUCUGAUGACAUUCUUAAGGAAGUACGGCUACAGUGCUGUUGGUUACAACUUCUUUAUUGCUGCCCUUGUCUGCCAGUGGGCUACCAUCUUGUCCGGUGUGUUUAAUCAAAUUAUCGGAGAAGGAGCAAAAAGCAUCAGAAUCGACGUAAAAACACUUAUUUCAGCAGAAUUCACAGCUGGUGCGGUACUUAUCACAUUCGGUGCAGUUCUUGGUAAAGUCAGCCGUCUCCAGCUUCUCGUUAUUGGUUUCUUUGAGGUCUUUUUCUAUGCUAUCAAUGAGUAUCUCAAUGUGCACUAUCUUAAGAUCGCUGAUGCUGGUGGCUCAAUGAUAAUACAUGCUUUUGGUGCGUACUUUGGUUUAGCGGUAGCGCGUAUUAUUUACAGGACCAUUCACAGUUGUAAUGGUAAAGAAGAAUCUGUCUAUCAUUCUGACAUGUUUGCCAUGAUCGGAACUCUGUUCUUGUGGAUGUUUUGGCCAAGUUUUAACGGAAUUCUCGUCGCCCCUGACUACAUAGCACAGCAUCGUGCCGUCAUCAACACUUACUAUUCUCUAGCUGCUUCUUGUGUAGUAACCUUUGCCAUCUCACCAUUUUUUCAGAAAGGGAAUAAACUUAACAUGGUACAUAUUCAAAAUGCUACUCUUGCAGGUGGUGUUGCCAUGGGAACUGUUUGCAAUAUGGUUCUGUAUCCGUUCGGUGCAGUAAUCGUCGGGUCAUUAGCAGGAGUUAUAAGUACACUCGGCUACGCCUAUCUUACAGCCUUCUUUGACAACCACUUAAACAUCCACGACACAUGCGGUGUAAAUAACUUGCAUGGUAUGCCGGGAAUUAUUGGGGGCAUUGUUGGAGCUAUUACAACAGCCAAUGCCAAUGAAGAUACUUAUGGAUACAAAGGACUUUUCAACAUCUGGGGCGCUAUGGCACCAAAAGCCAACUCUACUGAAUUUGCUCGACUUCAGAGUCUUGGAAUUCCUGACCUAGAGCCUGGUGAUGGAUACACUGCCAACCAAAUGGCCGGCUACCAAGUUGCUGCUAUCUUUGUUACUCUUGGUGUGUCGUUGAUUGGCGGAGUUAUCACUGGGUUUGUAGCCAAGCUUGGAAUUUUUGAUCCUCCUGAAGAAAACCAGUUGUUUGAUGACGAGGAUUUCUGGGAGCUACCCAACGCAUCACAGCUGCCCCAGUUCCAAGGACAAAUAGACCAAGAAUCAGGACAUUCCAUCAAUUCCAUCAAGAGUGAUUAAUGAUUUCUGCUGCUUACGACCCCUGAAGAAAAAGGGAACUUGUUCAUCGCCAAAACCGAGGACGAGCAAAGACUGCAGUGAUGUUUUUAUUUUGUCUUCGAGGUUCGAGCCUCUUGAAUCAAUAUAGUACUAUAUACAUAUAUUAUAUUUUUUGCUGAAGACGGCCGAAGUGCCGAAACGUACAAUAAGAAGUAAAAAACCUAGUUACAAGUUGCGUGGCUUUUUCUUCAUUUAUUCUAUUUAUAUUAUAUCUACAAUGUAGCUUUUAUAUGUAGCUGAGCAAUUGUAUAUCAAAUAAUUAUUUUCACAUUUUGCUGUCUGGAGAUUUAUGAAGAAUUUGAAAACUUUGUAAACCUACAAGUUUUCUUUUAAUAAAUAUAAGAAUGUAAUCUUCA